AUGUCUACCACCACGGAGCAAGCAGACGACAAGGAGAAUGCAGAGACCGACAAGGUUAAAAGACCUACAAAGAGAAGAUCAGACGAAGGAGUAGGUGGUCACCAGAGACUAACCAACAGCAAGGCCUGGUCGUCGGCGUCCCGCAAUGUGUCGUCGGACCACUCAGGGAAACGACUUCGGUUCAACCCGCCGCACCACGCCGUCAGCACACCGCAGACGCCCCGGUCAAAGAGAUCAGGAGAAUAUGAGAAGGCAUACGACUUGUACACAGAGGCACUCACAAUCGACCCCGAAAACAGGUUGACCAACGCCAAACUCUACAACAACAGAGCCGCAGUUUGUGUCAAGCUGGGCCGACUGAAUGACGCUAUUCAGGACUGCACACAAGCUAUUGAGCUGGACUCAUCGUACGUCAAAGCCAUCUCUCGUCGGGCCACAUGCUACAUGGAGACCGAGUGCUUUGAAGAGGCCAUCCGCGACUUCGAGACCCUCUACAAGCUAAACCCGACACCCGAGAACGAGAAACUUCUCCGUGAAGCCACACAAAAACAGAAGAUGAGCAUGAAAACAGACUUUUACAAAAUUCUCGGAGUGGAACGCUUCGCGACGGCCGACGAGAUCAAGAAGGCGUACCGUAAGUUGGCACUGAAGUGUCAUCCUGACAAACACGUGGGGGCGAGCGAAGACGAGAAAAUCGCCAUGGAGAAGAAGUUCAAGGCGAUCGGAGAGGCACACAAGACCCUGUCCGAUCCUGUAGAGAGGGCAAAAUACGACGAAGAACUGAGUCAAAGUUACCUAAAAGACCUUAUGUCGGACAGGACAAAUGCGCAAACUAAGGUCAAUGUAAACACUAGAUCAAGUGGUACACCAUUCAAAAGUAGGUUUACUUUUCAUUAUGUGUAAUCCUUUUAUUCCUGCUCAGUUAAAUGUUAACGUGCUUAUAAUAGGCACCUAUUACUUUACCUAGCACGUAAACUUAUGUAUCUGCAUAUCAAAGAUUCAACACUCUCUCUAGGCUAUCUUCUCGUCACAGCGAGCUGCCGAAUAGACUCCACAGAAACACAACAAACCUCCCAGUUUAUUGUAGAUUCUCAACAUUUAUGGAUAGCACAUCUUCUUGUCGACUGCUAAUAUUCUCGUAUUUUUAUACAUGUGUAUCAUGUAAGAAUGGGUAAAAUUCUAUUUUAGCUUUAUUUGAAUUCAACGAUUGCAGUAUUUGAAUGUACUAUUCAAAAUAUAGCAAUAACUGUAACUGUUAUCUGUCUCAUAUCAGUUGGAACAUUAAUCCAUGACCAAAUUAAACCCUUGUAAGCUUGAUAUUUUUAUUCUGUAUAUAUGAGAUAUAGCUUAACUGCAAUUCCGUAGUUUUUUUAUCAAUAGCUAACAUUACAGACAGUUGUGUUUACACAAUGCCAAUAAAUCGGAAAAGAGCACGACAUUCACACCCACUGUUUCGGGCAAGAAUGGGGGCAUCAUACGGUAUGGCUCGGUACUGCAAUUUGACAUUCAGUACCAAACUAUUGUAUUAAUAUCACCAAACAACACACUGGAACCACUACAACACAACACAACACAACACAACAUAACACCACAUCACUCCACAGACCUAUGCAAAUACAACACACCACACCACGUCACAACAUAGAAUGACAACACACCACACAACACAGCACACUGCAACGAUGCAUGGCGACGCAACAGGCAUGCUGCCAUCGCACUGAUGCUUCUACCAUGAAAUGAUGUCAUAAUUCCUGUCACCUGGUC